AUGCCACGAUUGCCCAAAUUAGGCUAUUUUUAUGCCGACCUUAUUGUUUAUAUACUGGUUUCCGGUAGUAUUUUGUUCAUAUCGGACGUAUGGAUAGUUGAAAUGUGGUCGGACAGGUGCGGCCCGUAUAUUCAGGCCGGUCGUAUGAUGGAUAGUCUAUCGGCAAUUGUCGGUCCAUUGAUGGUACAACCGUAUUUGGGUAGUAUAGCUAGAAAUAAUGGUCAACAGUUAAUACUAGUACCCUAUCUGAUAAUUGGUUUAAUGAAUAUUUGUUGCGGUUUAAUAAUGGGCAUGUUAUUUGGCAACAACCAUACUAUCAGUCAAUCGCAAUCAGCAUUCAUGACUACCGCCCUAUCAAUUGGACAGUCGGUUAGUCAACUGUCCUGUAUAGUCAUCAUUAAGUUUUCGGGUCCUAGUCUAAUAUUGUUCGCUAGUUUGGUCGUACUAUUUGUAUCGACACUACUGUUAGUAUUUGUUAAUCAAUUACAGCUAACUGGGCUUAUGUAUGCCUCCUGUGUACUGUUUGGUGUCGGCUAUGGACCGAUACCGGCCAGUUUGUAUACAUUACUCGAACGUAUAGUACCCGUAACCGACACUAUAGGUGCACUGAUUAUUGUAGCGUACAGUUUGCUAAACACUAUACUAACUCAGCUAACCGGCCGCUAUCUACAGGACAAUCCAAUGGGAUAUAGUCCAAACAUUCAAACUCGUGGUACACAAAAGUUAUGUCGCUUAGCUGAGAUCAAUUAUAGUGAGAAAUUAGGGUCACACAAUUGGGACUUAAUGCAAGAUUAUCUAUUAACUGUAAAUAUAAAAGAUAUAUGGAUAACAAUAUCAAGUUUACUAAUUGCUUAUAUGGUCUAUAAAGUGGCAAAAUUUUAUUAUCAAUAUUUUAGUCUACCUCCCGGUCCAUUUCCAUUGCCAAUAAUAGGCAAUAUUUUAUCAUUUCGAUCUAAACACCAUUCGGACGACAUAUUUAGGCAAAUGUCCAAAAAAUAUGGACCAAUAUUUACAAUACAUAUGUUUAAUACACCGCUUAUUGUUAUCACUGACAUAGAUAUUGCUAGAAAUGUAUUCAAUAGAAACGAUUUUGCCGGACGUCCUAAUAGCUAUUUUGGAAGUUUAUUUACAAACAGCAAACAUUGUGAUGUAAUUUUCAACGAUUACGGCCACUCAUGGAAAGCACUGAGACGUGUAGCGCACGCGGCCAUACAAAAAUAUUCAAUAAAUGAGCGUUUGGUGAACGUAACGGUCGAUUCUGUUGAUAAAACAGUGGGAAUAAUGUUAGAAACUGAUGGUCCGGACAAACCAAUCAAACCGUUUGAUUAUAUAUACCAUAUGUUUCUGAAUGUUUUGGCUAAUAGUACUUUUGGUGAAAACUAUAACAUGAAUGAUCCGGAAUUUAAAUUUUUAAAAUAUUUUCUAAACGAUUUCAUUAUAAAAGAAGCUGGGUCACAUUUUUUAUUAUGGGAUAUAUCGCCUAUAAUACGUUUAUUGGACAGAAAAUUGGUUACGAAACAUCAAAAACUAAUUGCAAAAUCAAUUAGUCUAAUAUCCCGAAAAUUUACCGAACAUUACUUGGAUUAUAAUCCCGAUAUUGAACGUGAUUUUUGCGAUGCAUUGAUUGCUAGUAAAAAUGAUGCCAUCCGUGAGGGCAAACAGUCCCGACCCUAUCUAACCGAUCGGAAUCUAUCGAUGACAUUGUUGGACCUGUUUAUUGCCGGUACCGAUACUAGUCAUCGUACAUUUCAAUGGUUGCUAUUGUUUUUAGCCUAUUAUCCCGGGAUUCAAUGGAAAUUACGCGAAGAAAUUAAUAGACAAAUAGGUGACCGAUUGCCCAGACAUGAGGACAGACAUCUGUGUCAUUAUGUGAUGGCAUUUAUAUCGGAAACCUUACGCUACAGUAAUGUUAUACCAAUGGGUGGUCUGCAUAGUGCUGUAGUUGAUAGUAAAAUAGGUGACUAUACUAUACCUAAAGGUAUGUCCAUAAUAUGCUAUCAGGGUAUUGUAUUGCGAAACAAUGAUACAAAUCAAUGGACUAAUGGCCUGGAUUUCCUACCCGAGCGUUUCAUUGACCCGAUUAGUGGCCAGUUUCUGGCCAACCAAUUGCCUCCAUCGUACAUACCGUUUGGUUUGGGACGUCGUGUUUGUUUAGGCGAAAAGCUGGCCAUAGCUAACCUAUUCCUAGUGUUGGUCCGUUUUCUACAAUCAACCCAUAACUAUGAUAUUUGUUUAGCCAAUAAUGAUAAACCAAUUGAUCGUUUAAUUACUAUAAAAGCCGAUCCGUCUAUUACUGACAAUCAAUCAAGUUAA